AUGACUGGAAAAAAUCAACAAGAGAAAGGUUUAAAUAUCAAAAUUGAAGCUAUCAAAUCAAUAACUUCAGUUGAUCAUAGAUUAGCUACUGAAGAUCAUGAAAUAGAUUUAAAAGCUAUAGCAUCAACUAAUAUAAGUUUAGGAGAUAUUGCAGAAUCAUUAACUGAUUAUCAAAAACAAUUUAUUUUAAAAAGAUUAAAUUUUGACAAUAUUAUAAAUUUAAGUGAAUUACCAGCAUCAGCUAUAUUUAUGAUUGAAAAAAUUUCAAAUUUAACAAUCCCAGAAUCAAUUGAUAUUAUAAAAGAAGCAUUAAUCGAACAUGAAGAUGAUGUAAAUUUCCCAACUGAAGAUUAUAAAUUUAUGGAAAAAUUAGUUGCUUAUGCUGAUGAACAUAAUAUUUCUUCAACAAGUUCACCAAAUGAUUCAAAAGAAAAAUGGAAUGAAAAAGUUGAAAAUGUUAAUGUUGAAACCAAUUCAGAUGAUGAUAAUUCUUCUCAACCAAAAGGAGGAGAUAUUGAAGAUAAGUUUGAUUUUUUUAAUAUUCAUGAUUUCGGUUUACAAGUUAGAUUAGAAGCUGCAUUUUUAGCUUAUCAUUCACCAUAUCCUGAAGUUAGAGCAGUUACUGAUCCAUAUGAUGAUCCAUCAAUUCCUUGUGAAACUUUUAGAGUUUAUUUAGUUGCUAUUAUUUGGACUUGUAUAGGUACUUUCAUAAAUCAAUUUUUCAGUGAAAGACAACCAUCAAUUUCAUUAUCAUCAGCUGUUGUUCAAUUAUUUUUAUAUCCUUCAGGUAAAAUUUGUGAAAAAAUCUUACCAAAUUAUACUGUCAAAAUAGGUAAAUGGAAAUUUGAAUUAAAUCCUGGUCCUUGGAAUCAUAAAGAACAAAUGUUAGCUACUAUAUUUUAUUCAGUUUCAAAUGGUGUUUCAUAUGUCAGUUAUAAUAUUCAUGCUCAAUUAAUUCCAUUUUGGUAUAAUAAUACUUGGGUUGAUUUUGGUUAUCAAACUUUACUUAUAUUAUCAACAAAUUUCUUAGGUAUUUCAUUCGCAGGUAUUAUAAGAAGAUUUGCAGUAUUUCCAACAAGAUCCAUUUGGCCAACAAUUUUACCAACUAUUGCAUUAAAUAAAGCUCUUUUACAAAAAGAAGUUAAAGAAAAUAUCUCGGGUUGGAAAUUAAGUCGUUAUAGAUGGUUCUUUUACGUUUUUGGUUUUUCAUUUAUUUAUAAUUGGAUACCAACUUAUUUAUUCAAUGCAUUAUCUUAUUUUAAUUGGACAACUUGGAUUUCACCAAUGAAUACUACAUUAGUUUCAAUUACUGGUUCAGCCACUGGUUUAGGUUUAAAUCCAUUACCAACUUUUGAUUGGAAUAUUAUUAAUUUUAAUGGAUGUUUAAUUUUCCCAUUUUAUGCUCAAAUUAAUCAAUAUAUUGGAACAUGUUUAGGAUUUUUGGUUAUUGUUGCACUUUGGUUUUCAAAUUAUAAAUGGACUGGUUAUAUUCCAAUCAAUUCAUCAUCAUUAUUUAAUCAUUUUGGUACAAGAUAUUCAGUUCAAGAAAUUGUUGAUGAUAAUUCAUUAUUUGAUCAAACUAAAUAUGAUGAAAUUGGACCUCCAUAUUAUUCAGCAGCAAAUUUAGUUGUUUAUGGUGCUUUUAUUGCACUUUAUCCAUUUUCAAUUGUUUAUGAAGGUUAUAUGAAUAGAAAACCAAUUUGGAAUGCUUUGAAAGGAUUAGUUAAAAAUUUUAGAAAUUUCAAAGGUUCAGUAUAUGAUGGUUUUAAUGACCCACAUACUAUUAUGAUGAAAAAAUAUAAAGAAGUUCCAGAUUGGGUAUUUUUUAUUGUAUUGGUUAUUUCAACUGUUUUAGCUAUAUUAUGUGUUAAAUUAUAUCCAGCACAAACACCGGUAUGGGGUAUUUUCUUUGCAAUUGGUAUUAAUUUUGUAUUUUUGAUUCCAUUAACAGCUAUUUAUGCAGCUACUGGUUUUUCAUUUGGUUUAAACGUUUUGGUUCAAUUGAUUGUUGGAUUUGCACUUCCAGGUAAUGGUCUUGCUUUGAUGCUUAUUAAAGCUUUUGGCUAUAAUAUUAAUGGUCAAGCACAGAAUUAUAUUUCUGAUCAAAAAAUGGGUUUUUAUGUUAAAGUACCACCAAGAGCUAUGUUUAGAUGUCAAAUGUUAUCAGUUUUUAUUUCAUCAUUUGUUGGUUUAGGAGUUUUGAAUUUUCAAAUUAAAAAUAUUCCAAAUUAUUGUUCACCAACAAAUACUCAAAAAUUCACUUGUCCAAAUUCAACUGUAUUUUAUAAUGCUUCAAUAUUAUGGGGUGUAAUUGGACCUAGAAAAGUAUUUGGUGGAUUAUAUCCUGUUUUACAAUGGUGUUUCUUAAUUGGAUUCCUUUUAGCUUUCCCAUGUAUUGCUUUUAAAGUUUAUGCACCAAAAAAAUAUACCAAAUAUUUUCAACCAACUUUAGUUAUUGGAGGUUUCUUAUAUUUUGCUCCAUAUAAUUUAUCAUUUUAUACUAUGGGUGUUUAUUUCUCAAUUUUCUUUAUGUGGUACUUGAAAUCAAGAUAUAGUGCAUGGUGGCAGAAAUAUAAUUACUUAUUAUCAAGUGGAAUGGAUAGUGGUGUUGCUUUCUCAGCUAUCAUUAUUUUCUUUGCUGUUCAAUAUAAAGAAUACGCUUUAAAUUGGUGGGGAAAUACAGUUACUUGGAAUGGUAUAGAAGGUUUAGGUGGUGUAGGUAGAUUAAAUGCUACUUUAGCUCAAGAUGGUUAUUUUGGAUUAAGACCAAGUCAAUAUCCAUAG